AUGGUUCAGGAUGCUCUUGGGUCAAAGAAUGAGAUUAUCAUGGGUACAUCAGUAUAUAUUCCUUUCCUGCUGGCACUCCUUGUGUUAGUACAAGCAGCCCCAGAAAAAGUGAUGUUCGGCGAACCAGCUCCCAUAGCAGCCGAGGGUCGCCAAGACCCUGAAGCAGCCACCGAGACAACUGCCAAGAGCAGCCGGAAAGCCCGCGUCUUCACUUUUCCAGGAUCCUCACAAGAUUCCCGAACGCACCAACCGUUAUACGUGAUCCCCCACACAGAGGACCGAUUUGCAUCUGCAGCCUCAGGUGGUGGUGAAGACGACGAGAAUCGUUUGCUGUCCCUUCUGCCUACAUUCGGAAACGACGGGAUGCAGGUUGGUCUAGAUUUCAAACUGCCUUUCUUCAGCAUUCCGUAUGGCAAGAUGUUUUCGGCCCUCAGCUCUCCUUCAAGUUUCUUCCCUGGACAAUCUGGACUACAAAGUUUUGGUUCCACCAACCUGCUGGGCAGUGGAAACAGUGGAUUGGCCACAGCAGCAGCCAUGGCAGUAACUGCUGCCCUCCUCUAUCCCAAAGUUAGUGGGAUGCUCGGCCUCGGUGGGAAAGGAGUCUUCAGAGAUGGUCAAGGAUCAGACGACUUCUUGCACAACAUGAACAGUGUAUUGAGUCAGUUCAACAUUGAUGGAGAGGCUUGCAUGAAAGUGGCUCUCUGCUCCCUGGGCAAUGCAAGGAGAAGCAAACCCAGAGGCAGGGAUUCUUCCAGAGGAACCACUACGCCAGCAGAUGUAGUGGAAGAUAUUCUCAACCUUCCAUCCGUAAAAGGCAUGCUGAACAAAGGUGGUCUGGUACAAGCUCGAGACUUCGGAGGGUCAGGUGGUGACUGUGGAUACUUUGAUGGCCAGGGAAAAUGCCCAGUAGCUGCAAAGACCUUUACAGACUUUCUUGCAAAACUGGGUUAA